GAUUAUUAAUGUCCUAUUUCAUUAGAGAGAGAACACGCUGCUUACUGGAGAGAGUUAUUGUUAGCUAGGAGGAAGACAUGGAGGGUUCAACGCUGACACAGAGGAGGGCUGAGUGUCAGUUGAAGGAAAGUGAGAUCCAGACAGACUACAUGAUGGAGCUGGGAGCCAGGUUGGGUCUGGUGAGACAGAUCCAGAGGGAGCAGGAGAAGGAGAUGAAGAGGAUUUGGUUUGAGACGAGGAAAAUGCCAAGCCUGAUUGAGGAGAAUGUGAGAGAUGUGACCAACCGUCCACUCACUGAGUUCAUGGCUCCCUGUAUUGACUCCCUCCCACCGCUGGCUUUCACCAAUCGGAGGCCUAUACCAACCAUGUUGCAUCCCCCCUCUCCAUUGGCCAUACGCACUCAGGAUGCACAGCGGUUCAUUGUAUUUUCAUACUUUGUCCCUGCUGAGUGCCCAGUUGCUACAGAGGCCACAGCAGAUGUAUCUACUCGUAAAAGAGAGGACUUAUUGACAGAUACACAUCUUUCCUCAAUGCUGCAUCGAUACCUGCCACACUUCUAUAACGAUGACUCCAUUCCACCACAGCAGACAGUAGAGGGAACCACUGAGGUCUCAGUUGCUCCAGUGGCAAUACCUAAUAUAAAGGAAGAGGACAGAUUCUAUCCUUUCUCCCUCCCACCACUGGCUCAGCGGUUCGUUGGCAAUUCAUUCAUUGUCCCGGAAACCUCCCAGCCUGCUGUUUCAGCCACAGAGUGCCGAAUUGCCAAAGAGGCCACUGCAGACACUGCCACUGUCAAGAGAGAGAACCGAUGGGCAGCCCAGCUCUUUGACAUUGACUACAAACUGCCAGAGGAGGCAGUAGAGGGAACCAACAAGUGUCCAGUCGCCAGUGAAUCUGCCGCUUCCGUGUCCGCUGUCCUCCAAGAGGAGUUUUCAGCUGAUAAGAGUCUUCCUGCACCCACAGCACUGCCUCUAAGGCUGCCCUGCACCCACAGCAUUGACCACAAACAGCUAUGGGAGAAAGUUGAGGACAACACAGAGUUCUCAGUAGACAAAGAAGCAACUGUUGCCAUUUACACUUGGGAAGAUAAAAGUCCUUCAGUUCUGCCAUGCAUCCAACAACAACGACCACCAACUGCCAGAGGAGACAGUUGAGGACAACACAGAGGGCUCAGUUGACACCGAGGCAAGUGCAGUUGCACCCACUGUCAAGAGAGAGGAACUGACAGGUGAUAAAAGCCCUGUCCGAGCAAUUCCUCCAAUCCUGGGAUGCAUCCAUGACAAGGACCACAAGGAGCCAGAGCAGAAAGUGAAGGGCCCUAGUGAAGAGGUGGAUCUCUGCCCUCACACUCACCAGCUGGACCCAGAUGUUAACUUAACUCUGGCAACCCGCAAUGAUGAACCCAGGACCUGGACCCUGGAAGAGGCAAAGGAUUAUUGGAUAGGCAUUGAUAUUGAGAGUGAAGAGAGGAGCGUCAAGGAGGAGGUGAGACAGAGGGAGGGAUUGAAGCGUGAGGCGGACUGUGCCCAUUCCAAGAGCUCCAAUGGGAUGGCUUCAUCAGAGAGAGCAGAGACCAUCCUUGGAAGACUGGGCUUUCUGGUCAUGAACCACAUGCAGAAAAUCCCAUUUUUGAAGAUGAAGGAAAAAGAGAAAAAUAAGAAACUGCAUAAGAAGUUGAAAGAUGAUGAGAAAGAGAGAAAGGAGAAGAAAAACAAGGAGGAGGAGAACAAAAAGAGGGAGAAGAAAGAGAUGAAUGA